UGAAUUAAAAAUUGAAUAAAACCUAGAGCAGCUGGAUUUAAGCAUAGUCCGAGCAAAGAAGUUGUUCAAUGAUAGUAUUUCAUUUUAUAUUUCCCUUUGAAGAAAGAUGAUGACUCAUUCUUCAAACAGUCUUCCAUAAGUAUAACAUAAUUAACAGUAUCAUAAUUAGCGCACAUCGUGAAACGGCAUUUCCUCUCUUCUCUCAUCAUCUCCAUCAACAACAACAACAUCACCAUUUUCUCUCUCAUCCGCACGCACGCAGACUUAGUCCACCCAGAUUCUCCCUUCCCCCUAAAAAUCCAAUCUUUACCAAAACCCCCCCACCAUUAAUAAAAAGCUGCUCCGAAUCACAUGAAUCUCUUCAACCCUAAGCCGCUUUUCCCCUAACCCCCCCAAUCUCCAAGAUUCGCACCCAAAAUGGGCGGAAAUGGCAAGUUCCGCCGCUGGAGAAUCUCGUUCCACAGAUCUCCGGCCACCGCCAACAAGGACCCGCCGCAGGAAUUCCUCUGCCCAAUCUCCAACUCCUUGAUGUUUGACCCCGCCAUCGUCUCCUCCGGCCAGACAUUCGAGCGCGCGUGCGUCGACGUCUGCACAGCUCUGAGCUUCGCCCCCACUCUCGCCGACGGCUCCAAGCCCGAUUUCUCAACGGUCAUCCCCAAUUUAGCUCUCAAAACUGCUAUUCUCAGCUGGUGCUCUAAGACCGGGUCGGGCCGCCCGUCCCCGCCCGUCCAUUCGGAAAUCGAGUCGACCAUUCGCUCCCUCUCGGCCUCCACCGGAACCCUAGAAAGCCCCAAAAUUCUGGUGUCGGAGAAGGAAUUGCUGAAAGGCGUCGCCGAAACCCCUCCGAUUUUGUUCUCCCACGCCGCGACGGAACUGAAUUCUAGGGAUUUGAACUUGUCUUCGAGCUCAGAGGAAUCGGUGAUCGCCAAUGCCACGCCGCUUCUCCCCUUCGCGACGCGGCCGUCGUGCUUCUCGUACUCGUCCUCGCCCUCCACCUCGUCGGAAUUCGUCGCGGAGGAAGGAUCUACUAACGCCGCAUCGAUAAAUUCGUCGUCGGAGGAUGAGAAUUUCAUCACGAAGAUGAGAAGUCUGGACGUUUACGAGCAGGAGCAAGCCGUGAUUCAGCUGAGGAAGACGACGCGGACGAGCGAAGAAGCCCGCGCCACCCUCUGCUCGGAGCGGCUGCUUCUGGCGCUGAAGCAGCUGCUGAGCUCGCGCUACUCCGCCCUGCAGACUAACGCCGCGGCGGCGAUGGUCAAUCUCUCACUCGAGAAGGGGAAUAAGGUGAAGAUCGUGAGGGCCGGGGCGGUUCCGCCGCUGAUCGACAUCCUGAAGAGCGGCUACGACGAGUCGCGGGAGCACGCCGCCGGCGCGAUCUUCAGCCUCGCGCUCGAGGACGACAACAAGACCGCCAUCGGCGUGCUCGGCGCGCUGCCGCCGCUGCUACACGAGCUGAGAUCCGGCACGCGGCGGAGCCGCCACGACGCCGCGCUGGCGCUGUACCACCUCACACUGGUUCAGAGCAAUCGAGCGAAGGUGAUCCGACUCGGCGCCGCGGCGGCGCUGCUGGGGCUGCUGAAGGACCGUGACGUGGCGGCGCGUGUGGUGCUGACCGUGUGCAACCUGGCAACGUGCGACGAGGGGCGCGCGGCGCUGCUGGACGCCAAUGCUGUGGAUUGCCUCGUAGGGUUGUUGAGGAACCGGGCCGAGUUGAGCUCCGAGUCGACUCGGGAGAACUGUGUCGCCGCCUUGCACUCGCUGAGCGACCGGAGCUUGAGGUUCAAGGGGCUGGCUAGGGACGCCGGGGCAGAGGAAGUGCUGCUCGACGUUGUGAAGGCAGACAGCGAGCGGGCAAGGGAGAAGGCAAGGCGGAUUCUGGAAGGGCUGAGAGGGCCGGAGGCGGCGGAGGACGGGGAGGUGGAUUGGGAGGCUGUAAUGAAAGGUGGGGUAACUCAGGCGAGGCACCGAGUUGGGAAGAGUUCGGGGCGGAACUCGACUGAGUUCUGAGUUGGGAUGGGUAUUUAACUAUUUAUUGUGUAAUUAAAUCAAUAUUUGGUGGUGAUUAAUUUUGGUGGAAUAUGUCAAUAUUGAUGGUUCCCUUUUUUUUUUUUUUUUUCACUUUAAGGUGUUUUAAUAAUCUUUAUUUUGAGGAUUAGAGCCUAACAUCUUUUGUUUCUUGUUUCUUUAAGAAGAAAUAAUUGCUCGAACUUUGAGAUUAGGAUAGUGAUACUUAGCUUUUGGUAUUUAUCUGUAUAUAUAAUUUGGUGUUUUAUAUAGUUGAAGAUUGUGGACUUUCUA